AUAAAUUAUCUAUCAGAACGUAGUAGAUUCAGUCUUGGGAGUUAGUACAUUGUGUAGCUCUCCAGUCUGAUAAAUCAAGCAUGAAUGAAACAUUGCGAACAUUGAUAGUGUCAUGUCUUAUUUAUUCAGCUCUUGCGGAUUAUACUGAAACGGACAAUGGUUUAUCUUUGGGAAGCAGACUUUCCGCGGACGUAAAAGAAUACAUUUCAAUGCUUAUGUCAGAUAUCACUGAAAAACAUAAUCGUGACAUUCAAGACCUUAAGUCGAUAAUUAAUUCGCAGGGAAACAAAAUGAUACAUCUGGAAUCCGAGAAUCACGAGUAUGCUUCUGUCAUACGAGAACUUCAAAAGAGAAUAGAAAAUAUAGAAAUGGAAACUCGUGAAUCUAAAGAUACCAGGAACCAUGAUACGAUAACUGAUGUGCCUACAGGAAACAAAACACAACCUGACAGCGACACCGACACCGACAAGACAAGAAGCAAUAAUGGUGCAGGGCAAAAUCCUCCUUCUCCACUGAAUUCGAGAAUUGAUCGAAAAAGAGCAGUUAACGUGGAAAACGAAGUCGCUUUCUUUGCGGCAAUGACAUCGCUUGCAACGCACUUAGGAACGAACCAAGAUAUCGUCUUCGACAAUGCAAUCACAAAUGUUGGAAAUGCCUAUAACGCAAAUCAUGGCACGUUUAUAGCACCUACAGCGGGUACAUACGUAUUUGCUGUUACGUUAUUUCAUCAUUCGAGCAUGGGAACUCCUGGAUCUUGGGGAAGUGUUAUGGUCAGUGGUCAGAGAGUUGCGAUAUUACACGUGAAUCUGGAGCAGUCGUCACAGACUAUUGUCGUCAGACUGAAAGCGGGAGAUGAUGUUUCUGUUCAAAAUACGCACACAGACAGGGGUUUCUUUGGAGACUACUACAGCACAUUCAGUGGCUUUCUUCUCUAUCAAGAUUUUUCUUCCGGUGCAAUCGUUGGGUAGUGUUUUUGGGUAGUGUUAUGACACAUUCGUAUUAGAUGAUAUUCAAUGUAUCAGCUAACUUUGUACUGUGUUUAAAUUAACUUUAAAGGAAGAUUCAUUAAUAUUAAAUGAAAUAAAUUCUU